GGGAUGGACCGGAGGAGGUAGAAUCGUUGGCUCGCACACGACCGCACCGAGUCAGGACCAUACAUCGAGCAUCAUGGAUCGGGUUAGAGUCAUCAAUUACUUCCUGGGACUCCUGGCCUUGGUUCUACUGCAGGCUGGGACGGAUACGGAAGGACGGAGUCUACUCAACACAGGUAACCAUGUUUUCAGUCCUAAAGACGAAGCGGACGUCCAAGGCAAAAUCCUCUCCUUGCUCCUGCACAAGAGCUUAGUCCCGGUCGAAAAGAACGACCCUCCAGGUCUUGGACUGGCGGAGAAACUAGCGGAGCUGGAAGAGUUGGAGGCGCUGAGGGAAGACCUGGAACUGGAGAAGGAACUCGCCGGCAACUUGGUGGACAAACCCGAGACGAGGAAGAGAGGAGAACCUUGCUUCUGGAAGUACUGUGUGUGACGUGGCAGUGGAGAGGAAGCGGACACUGUGAAACCUUUGCUGCAAAGCCCGACACAGCCUUAAAAACAGCAGUAACGUGUGCCAUCAUCUCCAAGAAGUACUCACAGGAAAUAGUCCAUGACAAAUGUACUUACCUGUGCUCACCGGGGUUAUUCUUUCUCCUUUUAUGUCGCCCUCUUGUGGCAGGAAGAGACACUGCUUGUUUUUCCCCUCUGUAGUAGAAACGCAUUGAUAGUUUUGAAAAUAAAUUCCAUUGUGGAUGUUAAAGUGUU